CCCCUAUUUUUUUUUUUUCUUAAAAUGGAUUCAUCUAAUUCUCAAUUAGUAGAUAUGGAUAUGUUAGAGGAUUUAUCUCAACAACACGCUUCUUCUUCAGAUAACAAUCUUUUACACGAAAAUAUCUAUUUUUUAUAUCAUAAGAAUCAGUUUAUUCACAAGGAUAAACUUCUAUUACUUUCUUCUACUUCACAAAAUACCUGUCUUGAUCAACAACAAGAGAAUUAUUUUUUUACCCCACUUGUAUCACCUGCUACCACUCCUUCUUUAGUUUAUCAACAGAGAUUAGAUAAUAAAGAAAUCAACUUUACUCCACUUUCUUCACCUGUUAUCUUACCUGAACGAAAGCAAAUAAUACCAUUUCAUGAUCAAUUUAUGACUACAACUACUCAUAAAGAGGAACUUGAUAAUUUAUCUGCUAAACAAAUAUUUGAAAAGUAUAAAGAGUUAGAACAUGCAAAGCAUAUCUUGACUCAAAAAUUAGUAGACCUUCAGUCACCUUCAAUCAUAAUACCACCUCAACAGCAGCCAUCAGUCUAUUAUUAUAGUAAAGAUCAUUAUCAACAGGAACAAAACCUAUUAUCCAAUACUACUGAACAAUUUUCAGUUAUCAACAAUUAUACCACAUGUAAUAAUGGAAUAAUAUCUACAUUACAUCAGCAACAAAAAGAUAAUCUAAACAGUCAUCAUUCAUACUAUGCAUCUUCUAAUACUAUGACUGACUAUAAUUCUAAUUUAAUGUCAUCAUCUCAAGUCGAGCCUGUAACUCCUGCUUCUUUGAUGAAUAUAAGAACAACAGCUACACAAAUGAACUGUUCUACUUUUCCAUCCAGUAUUGAAAAGAAAAACAUACCAAGAAGAAAUAACAAGAAGAAGAAGAAGAAGAAGCACCAGCAGCAGACAUUAGUAGCAGCAGAGAUUGACACUAAUAAUAAUAAUAAUAAUAAUCAUAUAUCAUCACUUCCAGUAUAUAAAAAUAUUACGCACCAAUCACCUACUCUUCAAACUCAUAAUGGAAAGAAUAACAUGUCUCCUCUAUCUAAAUCGAAUCAGCCACCACCAACCUCUCCACUUGCUCUUCAUAUCCCUGCAGCUUCUUCAGUCAUUACUAAUAAUACACCUUCUUCUUUGUCAACAACAAAGAAUUCUCAUUCUAACAAAAAACAAAGGUAUGAAGAGUCGAAUUCAACCCAUCCUAGGAAGGUUAGCAAGGGUAAUUGUGCUCAGGACUCAAAGACGACGACGACAACGACUACAACAAUGACUACAACGAUGACUACAACUCGUACGCUAAAGCCUUUAUUGAUCAGUCCUACCCUCCAACCUGGUUAUCAUCAUCCUACUUCCUCAUCCACUACUAACGUAAAAAUAAACCUGGAUGAGAAGAAAAAAGAGAGAACAGCAGCAGUCCAUAACAUGAACAGUGCAAAAGAUCAGGUUAAAACAAUCGAGGAAGCUGAACAUAUCCUAGCCACUCGAUCCAAUUAUCAAAAUUGGAUCGAAGGUAAAGCAGCCGCAUUAGGAAUAGAGUUCUCUACACAAAUCAAAAGUGGUAUUGAAGUGAGAAGAACAGCUCAUAAAGCUGCAGAACAAAAACGACGUAAUUCUUUAAAGGAAUGCUUUGAUCGUUUACGUUUUGAGGUGGAAGAGGGCUACCUUAAGCGCCAAGGUACCCCUUUAUCCAAGAUGAUUAAGGCACAACAAGAAUUAGAAAAGAAGAAGACAAGGGAUGAUCGUUAUGAAUUCAAGGCAACGCAAGAAGAAGUCCUAACAAGUUGCCAUCAUAUGAAUGUCAAUGAUGAUUAUCUAAUGAAACCACUAUCAAAGGUUCUUUUACUUCAAUAUACUUAUGAGUAUAUUAUAUCUUUAAAAAAGACAUUACAAGAAAAGGACGAACUUAUUGACAAACUGAAAUCUAAAAAGACUAGUAAUAGUAAGGAAAUUGAUAUUAAUAAUAAUCUAUGUAAACAGAAAGAAGACUACAUCGAUAAUGAUAAUGCUGAUCAAUAAAGUAGGGGAAAAAAAAUAUAAUUUUAUCAAAAGAAAAAAAUACAAUUCAUUUCUACCCUUUAUUUUUUUUUUCUAAAAAAAUAUAUACACAUUUACUACACAGCCAAAACAAUAAUUAUUAUAAAUUAACUAUUUCACAUUCGUUUCUAUAAUUGUAUACGUUAUUCCAUUAUUU